CUAGUAGUGAAACGUUAUUGAUUAGAUAUAUCGACAAAUUAGACGACCAUUUAGGAAUAAAACCAAGAAAACUUCAUUUUAUGUAAGUGAAAAACUCAAGAAAUAUAAGUCGUGAUUGGCUGGUGUAAAAUUGUGUGAUAACAAAAAUGUCUCCACGGUCCCGGUACUUGAAUGCGAGAUAUAUGCGUAAGUACCGGAAGCGCAAGAAGGAACAGCGGUUGGCGCUUCAACCCCGUAAGCAACCAAAGUCCACUGCCGAGCGAGUUCGGGCCUACCGGGCCAAAAUGAAAGCGAUCAAAAGUGCAUCUGGAGAUUCUGUACCGAUGAGCGUAAAAUACAGCGAGGUUGACCCAUAUAAAUGUACAAUCUGCUAUCAAGAUGCCUCUAAAAUAACACCGAUCGAAUGCAACACCGACCAAAAGCUGUGCGAUCGAUGUCUGCUAGAUCUACUGACCAGGAAAUUUGAAAGUGACACAGCAAGCGAUGAAAACGACACAGAAUCAUUCAAUGUUUUGAGCAGUAUUAAAGAGGAACCAUUGGAUGAGGACAAUGAACCGGAAAACGCGCAAACCGAUCAUCAGUCGGAAAUGUGUAUUUUAGAAUUCUCAGCAGGCGUUGCCAAGGUCGAGAUAGAGGAACCUGAUCCAGUGGAGCCGGAUCCAGUGGAACAGCCUCAAGAAAGUAUAAAAUUUAAGUGCAACUUUUGCGAUGAAGGAGCGUCUACCAGGAAGGCCCUGGGGCAACACAUUGCUCUGUUUCAUAUGGAGGAAAAGAAAAAUCAGUGCCACAUUUGCAAGCAAUUCUUUAAAGACGUUGGCAGUCUAGAAGAGCACGCGAAAAGCGAUCACGGGGGUUUCACCCAUGCCUGUGACAUUUGCACGGAAUGCUAUCACGACGAUGAAAAAUUAAUCCAUGAGUCUAACUGCCAGGGCAGACUGGUGCUGGAAUGUGCGAUUUGUCAGGAGGGCUUUGUGCUGAAGGAGAGCUUAUGGAAACACCUGGAUGGACAUGAGCUUACGGAAGAGAACAAAGCUGUUUCUUUUCGAGAAACGCGUAAAACGUGGAAGGUGUUUACCUGCGUGAUAUGUAAUGAUGGUCGAGCUUUUGAUGAAAAGUCGUUUUGGCCGCACGUCCACGAUAAGCAUGAUGGAUACCAUUUAAAAUGUAAAGAAUGCGGAAGGACAUUUCGCAAACAAUUGCAUUUAUUCAUGCAUAUUAGUCAAAGUUGCCAAAUUGACGUAAGGGCUCGCAAGUAUGCUGCUGAACACCCAAAGCUAGCGGUGGAAUCACAGUGUCCGCACUGCCCUAAGCGAUACAGUAGUAUUACUAAUUUAAAUAAUCACAUCUCUAAGAUUCACACAGCAUUGCCCAUUGUCUGCCACAUAUGUGGUCAUGCUGCAUUGAACAAGAAGCAACUGCGAUAUCAUAUGAUCAAAGCUCAUACAGAACCGACAGAACAAUGUUCACACUGUCCGAAAGCGUUCCAUCGGCUAGGUGACCUACGGCAGCAUCUGCUCACCCACGAAACGGUCAAAAAAUUUGUUUGCGCAGUGUGCGGCGCGGUGUUCAAGCGUAAACUUGGUCUUGACGCGCACAUCCGUUCGCACCAAAUGACUCAACGGCCUCGAUACAUGGAUGCAAAGCAACCGAAGUCCGGUCCCGGUGCCGAGCGAGUUCGACGCUGCCGGACUAAAAUCAAAGCGAUCAAAAUUAGAGCGGCGUCUCCCGCGGAUAGUUGCAACAAUGGAAGCGGAUCUGGAGAUUUUGAAUCGGUAACCGUUAAAGGCAGCGAGGUUCACCUAUUUAAAUGUACAAUCUGUGAUCAGAAUGCAUUCAAAGUAACACCGAUCGAAUGCAACACUGACCACAAGCUGUGCGAUCGAUGUCUACUAGAUUUGUUGACCAGAAAAUUCGAAAGUGACACAUCGGGCGAUGAAAACGACACCAAAUCAUUCAAUGUUUUGACCAGCAUUAAAGAGGAACCAUUAGACGAAAUUAGUGAACCGGAAAACGUGCAAACCGUUCAUCAGCCGGAAGUUUGUGUUUUAGAAUUCUCGCCCGGCGUUGCCAAGGUCGAGACAGAGGAAACAGAUCCAGUGAAACAACCGCCAGAAAGUAUAAAAUUUAAGUGCAGCUUCUGCGACGAAGGAGCGUGUACCAGGAAAGCUCUGGGGGUACACAUUACUCUGUUUCAUCCGGAGGAAAAGAAAAAUCAGUGCCACAUUUGUAAGCAGUUCUUCAAAGGUGUUGGCAGCUUGGAAGCGCACGCGAAAAGCGUUCACGGGGGUUUUAGCUAUGCCUGUGACAUUUGCACGGAGGGCUAUCACAAGGAGGAAAAAUUGAUUCACGAGUCGAACUGCCUGGGCAGACUGGUGCUGGAAUGUGCGGUUUGUCAGGAGGGUUUUGUGCUGAAGGAGGGCUUAUGGAAACACCUGGAUGGACAUGAGCUUACGGAAGAGAACAAAGCUCUUUCUUUUCGAGAAACGCGUAAGAAAUGGAAGGUGUUUACUUGCUUGCUAUGUAGUGAUGAUCGAGCUUUUGAUGAAAAGUCUUACUUGCGGCAUAUUCACUAUGAACAUGAUGGGUACCAUCUAAAAUGUAAAGACUGCGGGAAACAAUUUCGCAAACAAAUGCACCUGUCCGUUCAUAUUAGAGAACAUUGCAAAAUCGGCGCAAGGGCUCGGAAAUAUGUUGCUGAUCAUCCAAAGCUAGCGGUGGAAUCACAGUGCCCACACUGCCCUAAGCGAUACACCAGUGCUGCUUAUUUAAAUGGUCACAUCACUAGGAUUCACAAAGCAUUACCCGUUGUCUGCGACAUAUGUGGUCAUACUGCAUUCAACAAGGAACGACUUCAAUAUCAUAUGGUCAAAGCUCAUACAGAACCGACAGAGCAAUGUCCACACUGUCCGAAAGCGUUCCAUCUGCUAGCUGACCUACAGCAGCAUCUGAUCACCCACGAUACGGCCAAAAAAUUUGUUUGCGCAGAGUGCGGCGCGGUGUUCAAGCGUAAGCUUGGUCUUGACACGCACACCCGUUCGCACCAGAAAUUCGGUAAGGUACGAAAACGAACCACUGCGAAUGAAACGGCAAAAUUCCGUUGUGACACCUGUGGCAAACGAUUCAAGCACAACUACCUUCUGCUGUCUCACAUGCACAUUCACGACCCCAAUCGACAUGUGGACAAGAAACAUAGCUGCCUGGAAUGUGGCAAGACGUUUACCACCAAGGCCGGCGUGUACUAUCAUAUGAAGCAGAAAUUCGUUCACCAGCAAAUAACCUGCACGGUUUGCAGUUUGCUUAUCAAGGGCCGGGAACGGUACCUGGAACAUCUUCGUCUUCAUUCGCAGAAACCGGCGUAAUUCAGUUUGGUGAACUUUU